AUGGCGGGCCCGUACCCGAACCCGACGCCGAUGAUCAUAGCCGAGCAGAGGACGCGCCUCGGCGAAGAGGAGAAGAAGAAAGCCAACGAAAGAGGCAACGGCGACAGCUCGAACGGCGACGACGCGACCGGCGCGCCGACGGCGGCGGGAGCCGCCGCGCCGCGCGUCGACCGCGCGGACACCGCGGUCGCUCUGACCGGCGACGGCGACCACGCGGCCGCGGCGAAGACCGCGCGCUCGCGCGUCGCCCGCGCGGCCGGCGGCGUUCGGCCGUACGAACCCGCUCGCGUGGAAACCUUCACCGCGGUCGUGCUCGUCCUCCUCCUCGCCGGCGUCGUCGCGUGCGCGGCCGUGUUUCCGUAUCAAUGGAGGCGCGACGCGGACGCGGCGGGGACGAAGUGGGUGCGGACGCUCGCGGCGUGGAGCGCGGCGGAGAAGUUCCCGGAGGUGGACGCGCUGCGACCGUACUACCCGGAGGAGGCGGAAGCGCCGGCGGCGGCGCCGUGA